AUCCAUUUCCUUUAUCUUGCUUUCUAAUAAGGACAGCAAAAUGUGGCAUACCAGUAUGACUACAAAACGGAACCAUAUCUGAAUAUGCAUACAUACCCAUCUGAAUAUGCACUAAAGAUUGUACGUGUCUAGGGGAAGAUUUGUAAAGGACACUCAUAAACUUUACUCUCUUCCACGUUGCACUGUUUGUUUUCUAAGAUAACACAUUCGACAUUACACCAGUACAAUACCUUACCAGUAUAAAUACAAUGCCUCAGCCAAGAAGCUUAUACAUUAUAGAUAAGUGUCAUCUUCUUCUACUUCUGUUAUUCAAUCUUUGAUAAGAAGCUUAUAACUAAGAUAAACAUGGCGACCAAUGGAAGCAAUUUUCCAGCACAGAGACAAGAAACUCAGCCAGGGAAACAGCAUGUCAUGGAUCCUGUCCCUGGAACCGUCCACCCUGAUUACAAACCUGCCAAUAAGCUCCAGGGGAAAGUGGCCCUAGUGACAGGGGGAGACUCGGGGAUAGGGAAGGCAGUGUGCCACUGCUUUGCUUUAGAGGGAGCAACCAUAGCCUUUACCUAUGUGAAGGGCCAGGAGGACAAGGAUGCUAGCGAUACUGUUCAACUUAUCAAAAGUGCCAAGGGCUCUGGUGCUAAGGAUCCUAUAGCAGUUGCAGCUGAUUUAGGCUACGAUGAGAACUGUAGAAGAGUAGUCGACCAGGUGGUUAAUGCGUUUGGGCGCAUAGACAUCCUGGUCAACAAUUGUGCGGAGCAGUAUGAGCGCUCCAGUAUAGAGGAGAUUAGUGAGCAUAAGCUUGAGAGGGUGUUCAGGACUAACAUCUUCUCACAGUUCUUUGUCACAAGGCAUGCACUAAAGCACAUGAGAGAAGGGUCGAGCAUCAUCAACACUACAUCAAUUGUGGCAUACAAAGGGCAGCCAUCAUUACUGGACUACACUUCUACCAAAGGUGCGAUUGUGGCGUUCACCAGGGGUCUAGCCCUACAGCUCGUAGAAAAGGGUAUCCGUGUCAAUGGAGUAGCUCCCGGUCCUAUCUGGACUCCCUUGAUUCCAGCCUCGUUUAAGGAGGACGAGGUUGAGAGCUUUGGAUCAGAGGUUCCUAUGAAAAGGGCAGGGCAACCUAGCGAGGUUGCACCUUCCUAUGUGUUCCUUGCAUGCAAUGCAGACUCUUCUUACAUUACUGGACAAGUCCUCCAUCCUAAUGGAGGGGCUAUUGUGAACGGCUAAAUCUUUGUCUGGCUAGUUCUGACAUCUUGGUUUGUGCAGUGUAGUUGAAUAGAACUGUACAAUGGUCAUACCUGGAAUUUAGUUGCCUGUUCCUUUUUAAGUUCUUUUUCCUUUCUUGCAAAGGAUGUAUCUUAAGAAACUUUGUACCAAGAGAGUAUACAAUGGUAAUAAAAGGGUUUUGUUUCUCUUAUGCAACAAAGGUGACAUUUAUAGUGCACAGCUGCACACAAGGCUGGCU